UGUGUGACAGUGAGUGAGAGAAGAGAAUAAAGUUGGGGGGGGGGUAAAUUUAAAUGGCUAUCCUGAAGGCUUAGAAAUUCAUAUUUAGCCCUGAAACUCAGGGAGCCAAACAUCUGAACCUCUUUCUGGAUGCCUCCCUCAGAGGUAAAGCUUGCCUCACAUUUAUCCAGAUAUUCUUCAAGUAACAUUUUUUCAGCAAGCGAGGUUUUGAGGAUUGUUUUGUGUGGAUAUCAUCCUGUUUGAACUUUUUGUUUCUUCCCUCUAUUUAAAAAUUUUCUGAAUAGGAUGAGCAUUAGGCUGGGAAGGGGUGAGCGGCGUCCUAAAAGUGCAAACUCCCAUAACGUAAAAUCUGUGCAGGGCAGUUCCCAGGAAGAUUGUCACCGGGUCAGUCUAAGGAAGGUCAUCACCUGCUGACCCUCAAGCUGACCUCUGUUUGACUUGUAUUUGGGAAGCUCCACCUCCUCCCCACCCGGCUUUAAUCUGUACUCCAUUGUUGUCGUUAAAUAUUCAUAACGUGUACAGGUGAUGGAAGUUCUAUGAAACUUUUUUGGAAGAUACAAAAUCCCGAAAGGGGUGAGUAGCUAACCAGACAGCACCCACAAGGGAAGCCACACUUCCUAUUUUGCUGGUGCUCUCCUUAUUCCUCUCUCAAGGAUCUUUCAGUGGUACAUUGGCAAUGUUGACUCAACGUGUCACUAUAAUCAAGGUGCAGGUGCAGAUCACAGCAGAAAUGGGAAGCCCAGCUCACCACCUCUUGUCCCUACUUCUCAGCAGCUCCCUCCUACCACUGACACCUGUGCCUGGCAGUGGGCACUUAGAGGUUCCAGCUAGCACGUCACCUGUCCGUGACAACAUGCGGUUCAACAAUCAGAGCUCUCGAGAUGACUUCAUCUUAUUGGGAUUCUCCGACCGCCCCUGGCUGGAGACGCCACUCUUUGUAAUCUUUCUGGUGGCCUACAUCUUUGCCUUAUUUGGGAACGUGUCCAUUAUCCUUGUUUCCCGCCUAGACCCCCAGCUUGACAGUCCCAUGUACUUUUUUGUCUCUAAUCUGUCUCUACUGGACCUCUGCUACACUACCAGCACCGUGCCACAGAUGUUAGUCAACCUUAGGGGACCAGAAAAGACCAUUAGCUAUGGUGGCUGUGUGGCCCAACUCUACAUUUUCUUGGCCUUGGGUUCUACUGAAUGCAUACUUCUAGCCAUCAUGGCCUUGGAUCGCUAUACUGCUGUUUGCAAGCCCUUGCACUACCCAAUCAUCAUGAGUCACAGACGCUGCAUCCACAUGGCCACUGGGACCUGGAUCAGUGGCUUUGCCAACUCCCUUGUGCAGUCCACCCUCACCGUGGUGGUCCCACGGUGUGGACACAGGGUGGUGGACCAUUUCUUCUGUGAAGUUCCUGCUCUUUUGAAACUAGCGUGUGCUGAUACUCAUGUGAAUGAGGCUGAGCUCAACGUGCUGGGGGCGCUGCUGCUUCUGGUGCCCCUCACCCUCAUCCUGGGCACCUAUGUGCUCAUUGCUCGGGCAGUAAUGAGGAUCCGCUCUGCUGAAAGUCGCUGGAAGGCCUUCAAUACCUGUGCUUCACACCUGCUGGUCGUGUCCCUCUUCUACUUCACAGCCAUCAGUAUGUACGUCCAGCCUCCCUCUAGCUACUCUCAUGACAGGGGGAAGAUCAUGGCUCUCUUCUAUGGGAUUGUCACUCCCACACUCAAUCCAUUUAUCUACACACUGAGGAACAAGGACGUGAAAGCUGCCCUGGGAAGGGCACUGACCAAGGAGUUCUGGGUCAAGACAGGAUGAUCUCUGGAAAGGAGACCCACAAAGCAAGGAGGGAUGUGUCAGCCUUUCAGGGAGGAUUCUGGGCAUGAAGUUAUGAGACAAUGCUGCAUCAUGUGUCAUGAAGUUCACAGAUGGAGCAGGACCAGAAAGGAGCAACAAGUCUGGGUGACCUCAGAGCUGUUUUCCACUUAUGAGAACACGUGUCUUACAAUACGAAUCCCAUAAGGUCAUGUCACCUUCCUCCCCAACCUUGGCUACUAGUUAACCCUAACUGCUGGCUAACUUAGUUUCAGAGGGGAAAUUGGUGCAAUAA